AUGAGAAUAAUCUUAUCAUGGCUUUCCUUGCUAUCCUUCUGCCUCAUAAACUUGAGCAUCAAUAUCAAUUUGGUGACUGGCCUUUGCCACAGUCAUCAACAAUCUUUGUUGCUUAAUUUGAAGAACAACCUCAUAUUCAACCCAACCAAGUCCAAAAAAUUGACUCAUUGGAACCAAAGUGGUGAUUGCUGUGAUUGGAAUGGAGUUACAUGCACCAAGGGACGUGUUAUAGCUCUUGACUUGAGCCAUGAAUUUAUCUCUGGGUCGGUUGAAAAUUUAAGCAGUCUCUUUGAAUUGCAAUAUCUGCAGAGUUUGAAUUUGGCUUAUAAUGAAUUCCAUUCUGGGAUUCAUUCUGAGUUUCAAAAGCUGAAGAACUUGAGGUAUUUGAAUUUGUCAAAUGCUGGCUUUGAGGGGCAAAUUCCAAUUGAGAUCUCUUACCUCAAAAAGUUGGCCACUAUUGAUUUAUCUACCUCACAACAUGCUUUAAGACUUGAGAAGCCAACUAUUGCAAUGCUUGUGCAGAACUUCACAGAAAUCAAGGAGCUAUAUCUGGAUGGCAUAGCAAUAUCAGCCAAAGGAAAGGAGUGGAGCCAUGCUUUAUCCUCACUAAUAAAUAUACAAGUUCUGAGCAUGUCAUCAUGUAAUCUCUCUGGUCCUUUUGAUUCUUCAAUAGCAAAGCUUCAGUCUCUCUCAAUACUUAGACUGAGCCAUAACUUCAUACCAAGUCCAGUGCCUCAGUACUUUGGGAAAUUGUCUAACUUAACAACCUUGGAACUCAGUGGCUGUGGAUUGAGUGGAGUGUUUCCAACAAAUAUCUUCCAAAUACCAUCACUGCAGGUGCUUGAUGUGUCUUAUAAUCUGGGUCUUCAUGGUUCUCUCCCAAACUUCCCUCAUCAAAGUUCUCUGCACAACUUGAACCUUAGCCAUACAAAUUUUUCAGGACCUCUGCCAGAUUCUAUCCACAAUUUGAGGAAAUUGUCAACACUAGAUUUAUCAAACUGCCAGUUCAAUGGGACACUUCCUAAUUCAGUGUCAGGUCUCACCCAACUUGUUCAUCUAGAUUUGUCAUUCAAUAACUUUUCUGGUUCUCUUCCAUCUUUUAAUAGGUCCAAGGCCCUCACAGUUUUAUCCCUCAAUCAUAAUGGCUUCAGUGGUACAGUUCCAACUACCCAUUUUGAGGGCCUUAUAAAUCUCAUGAGCAUUGAUUUAGGAGAUAACUCCCUUGAAGGAAGAGUCCCCUCAUCUCUGUUUAGACUUCAAUCUCUUGAACAACUCAUGCUUUAUUACAACAAAUUUGAUGGCAUAUUGGAAGAAUUUCCAAAUGCUCCUUCUUCAUUAUUAGAGAUGGUUGAUUUAAGUGGCAACAAUUUUGAAGGGCCUAUUACUAUGUCCAUCUCCAAACUCAGAAGGCUCCGUUUGCUUCAACUUUCCAAAAACAAGUUCAAUGGCACUAUACAACUUGAUAUGUUUGGAAGGCUGCAAAAUUUGACCACACUGGAUCUUUCCCAUAACAACUUGUUAGUUGAUGCAAAUAUUAGGGAUGGCCAUAAUGCAUUAUCCUUUCCCAAUUUGAAAACUCUUUGGUUGGGUUCAUGCAAUUUGAGAUCAUUCCCUAACUUUCUGAUAAAUAAAUCAGCAUUACUCUACCUAGACUUAUCCAGCAACCAGAUUGAAGGAACAAUUCCAAACUGGAUUUGGAGAUUCAAUGACUUAGUUGUCCUAAAUCUGUCCUACAACUCUCUAACAAAUUUUGAAGGGCCUUUCCACAAUCUGAGUUCAAAUUUGCUCAAACUUGACCUUCAUUCUAACAAUCUACAUGGGCCUGCUCCUACCUUUUUAAAAAAUGCCAUUUAUUUGGACUACUCAAGCAAUAGAUUCAGCUCUAUUAACUCAGCAGAUAUUGGUAGUCACAUUCCUUUCCUAUAUUUUCUCUCCCUUUCAAACAACAGUUUUCAUGGCAGAAUUCUUGAAUCCUUCUGCAACAUUUCAGCUCUUCGAGCGCUUGAUCUCUCCCAUAAUAGCUUCAAUGGCAUGAUUCCUAUGUGUUUGACAAGAAGGAGUAGUACUCUCAGGCUACUAAAUCUUGGUGGAAACAAACUCAGUGGCCAUAUUUCAGAUACAUUCUCAACCUCAUGUGCUCUAAGGUUUUUGGAUCUCAGUGCAAAUCUUUUGAGGGCAACAAUCCCGAAAUCUUUGGCUAAUUGCCAAAACUUGCAAGUUCUAAACCUCGGAAACAAUCAAUUAAUUGAUAGUUUUCCUUGCUUCUUGAAGAAUAUUUCCACCCUCAGAGUCAUGAUCUUAAGGUCAAACCAAUUGCAUGGGGAUAUUGGAUGUCCCUAUAACAUUGGCAAAUGGGAGAAGCUUCAAAUUGUUGAUUUAGCCUCCAACAAUUUCACUGGUACAUUACCAGUAGCACUCUUACAAAGCUUGCCAGCAUUGAUGCUGGCAGAAGAUGAAGGUGGGAGGUUUGGCCAUUUAUAUUUUGAUCUCUAUGAUAACUUUAAUCCUGUGAACUUUCUGACUGCAAUAGUAGACCUCAAUAAUGACCUUAAAAUUAAGUUAGCCAAAACUAUAGCAGCAGAACCACCUUUUUUGAUAGAUCACAUAAUCUCCCAUAUCUUUGAAGAGGGUGUUGGUAUUCGAAGUUAUGAGGAUUCAGUCACAAUUGUCAAUAAAGGUAGACAAUUGAAUUUGGUGAAAAUCCUCAUUGCCUUCACUUCCUUGGACUUCUCGUCCAACCACUUUGAAGGGUCAAUACCAGAAGAGCUUAUGAAUCUCACAGCACUGCAUGCUUUUAACUUGUCACAAAAUGCUUUCUCAGGUACCAUUCCUUCUUCUUUAGGAAAUCUAAAACUUCUUGAGUCCUUAGACUUGUCAAACAACUCUUUAAGUGGAGAGAUUCCUACAGAGCUUGCAAGCUUGUCAUUUCUUUCAGUCAUGAACCUCUCAUAUAAUCAUCUGGUGGGGAAAAUACCCUCAGGUUCACAAAUUCAGACAUUUGAAGCAGAUUCAUUUACAGGCAAUGAAGGGUUAUAUGGACCUCCACUGACUCAAAAUUGGAGUAGUGAAGGUUGGAAAGGGUUGUCACCACCUGCAUCUGAAACACCUUAUUCUCAUACUGAGAGUUCAAUUGAUUGGAAUUUCUUAAGUGCAGAGUUGGGAUUUACUUUUGGCUUUGGAAUUUUUAUUCUCCCCCUUAUUUUCUGGAGGAGAUGGAGGAUGUGGUAUUCCAAGCAUGUGGAUGAAAUGCUUUGCAGGAUUAUCCCUCAGCUUGAUUUUGUAUAUGAACAACAUGGAAGACAGAGGUAUAGAACUAUAAGGUGGAAACCUUAUUGAUUGUAAUUUGCAUUUUCUUUUUCUAUUUUGGAUUUUGUAUUUUCUUGUUCUUCUUUUGUUUAGUGUGGAAAUAAAGGCUUCCUCCAUUAAACCUGUUGGCCAUAGUGAUGGGAACUGGGAAGUAACAUGUAGUAUUUUUCUAAACUUUUAUGCUAGUUUUAGUUCACAUGGUGUGUUAAAUAAGUUUGUACUUAAUUAGGAUUUCCCGUUUUCCAAGAACUAGUGUCU